AACAGUUGCCUGAAUACUUUGUUCCGCCUAGUAUAUAAACAUGGCGGGACCCAUGCCUAUUUCAUCGCUGUUACUUUCGGAACUGAAAGAGGACCCCUUGUACAGGGAAGAAGGUCUUUGUGUGUUGGGAAUUUUCGGGAAGAGCACUCUGCAGGCGGACGCCGCAAAAGAACGCUUGGUCGCCUCACUAACGGAGCGGCAUGUAUUCCCCUUGCUUGGGCCGGAAGAUUCUCCUGCUGAUGAUGGGCUUAUUCAGGCUUAUUACCAGGCUGAGAACCGGGUCCUGUAUCUUAUGCUCAACUCUGUGUGCGACGGACAGCAGCUUCUACUAGCUUGUGAAGCCCUGGAAGCAGGUUGCGGACAUGCAGAAGCCCAUGAACGUUGGAAGGCGGCCGAAAGACGGCUAUGCCUGCGGCUUCUCUACCUCUUUUCGUUGUGCCACAUUCUGCUACUUGUCCACCCAAGUUGCGGCUUCGAUGUCACCUAUGACCGACUGUUCCGAGCCCUCGAUGCUUUACGCCAGAAACUGCUGCCUCUGCUACGUGCAGCCAUCAAAGACUGUCCGGUGUCCAAGGAAUGGCGGCUCAAUUGCAGACCCUGCCCGCCUCGCCUUCUCUUCGUCUUUCAGCUGAACGGUGUCUUGCGAGUUAGUGGUGCGGGAUCAGCUGCACCUGCAGAUGUCACAGGGAACAACCCAGAGAAGCCCAAAAAGCACUCCCCACGGAGGCGACUCCAGCACGCACUUGAAGACCAGAUUUACCGCAUUUUUCGCAAGAGCCGCGUCCUCACCAACCAGAGUAUCAACUGUCUCUUCACAGUACCGGCCAACCAGGCCUUCGUGUACGUGCUGCCUGGACCAGAGGACGACCCGGUGAGCGCUUUAUUGGGUCAGCUGCGAUCGCAAUGCUCCCUAAGAGAGAGCGAGACACUGACGGGCCCCAGACGCUACCAGCAGCUGCGCCAUUUAGCUCGCCAACCGUCCUUCAGCGUGGAGAGCAGCCCUGGAUCACCAGGUAGCGGCCAGUUGGUGGACUGCACCCUCAGGGAGUUCCUUUGGCAACAUAUUGAUCUUGUUCUGACCAAGAAGGGCUUUGAUGACAGCGUUGGUCGCAACCCACAACCCUCUCAUUUCGAGCUACCCACUUACAGUAAGUGGGCGCAGGUAGCACUGCGGCUCUACCAUGUGCUACUGGAUGACAAGGAUGAAGAACUGGCUGAGCUGGCACACAAAGUUCAGGGGCAGUUAAAGGUGCUGGAAAGUUUUCUGGAUGCUGAUGCUAAGUUUUCAGAGAAUCGGUGCCAGAAAGCCUUACCCCUAGCCCACAGUGCCUAUCAGUCCAAUUUGCCCCACAACUAUACUACCACGGUGCAUAAAAACCAGUUGGCCCAGGCCCUGCGGAUAUACAGUCAACAUGCUCGUGGGGUGGCUUUCCAGAGGUAUGCCAUGCAACUUCAUGAAGACUGUUACAAGUUUUGGAGCAAUGGACACCAGCUCUGUGAAGAACGCAGCCUUACUGACCAGCACUGCGUGCACAAGUUUCAUCUUCUUCCCAAGCCAGGAGAAAAGCCAGAGAUGGAUCGUAACCCACCCAUUCUCUUCCAUAACAGCCGAGGAAGAUCAACUAGUGCUUGCAACUGUGGUCGCAAACAAGCUCCAAGGGAGGACCCAUUUGAUAUUAAGGCAGCCAAUUAUGACUUUUAUCAGAUGUUAGAAGAGAAGUGUUGCUGGAAGCUUGAGCAUAUACACUUUCCAAUAUUCCAGUCAAGCACUUUGGAUCCAGAGCCUGUUCAUAAUGAGGCUUCCCCAACUAUAGAGCCUGAAGCUGAAGGGGAGCCUGAGAAGAUCAAGGACAAAGAUGCUACAGGUCACUCUCCAGGAGAGGGAACUAACCUAAGUUUGGCACUAAGUUUGGGCCAGUCUGCUGACAGCUUAGGACCAUAUGGAGGGGUUGAGGGUACAGAAGGUCAAGAGAAGAGACCCGGUUUAGUAGACAGACAGCCUUCCACAGUUGAAUAUCUUCCUGGCAUGAUCAAUUCAGGCUGCCCAAAAGGACUGCUUCCCAAAUUCUCUAGUUGGUCUUUAGUUAAGCUUGGUCCUGCCAAAGCCUACAAUUUCCAUACUGGUUUGGAUCAACCUGGCUUUUUGCCCAAUUCUGCUUUUCUUCUGCCAUGGGACAUAAUGAUUCGGCGUUCUGAGGAGGACAUGGGACAAGCUGAGCAAUUUGACAGUGGUCCUUGCUCCUGGCCUGCACCAAAUAAGACAUUGCAAGGAAAACGUGGAGGCUUAGGCCUUGGAAGAGGGCGUCGUCGUGAUGAUGUAGCAAGAGCUUUUGUCGGGUUUGAAUAUGAAGAUGGUCGAGGCCGCCGUUUUAUGAGCUCAGGGCCUGACAAGGUGAUGAAAGUUUUGGGCCCUGGUGGACCCAAAGAACCAGCUGCUCGUGUCCUUAGCUCUGACAUGCCUCUAUACAUCCCUUCUCCAUCACAAGGCCGUGGUCUCAAGCCACACUACUCACAGCUUGCCCGGCUGUUCGUUGUGGUUCCAGAUGCACCUUUAGAAGUCGUCCUUACACCACAGGUCCAGCCAGGGCCACCUGCAUGUCCUGUGUUUCAUCCCGAACAGCCAGAGAUCAUCUUGCCCCCAGAUGGUCUAUGGGUCCUACGAUUCCCUUAUGCCUACGUAACAGAUCGUGGCCCGUGCUAUCCUCCAAAAGAGAGUCAACCUUUGUCCAGCUAUCGGGUCUUGAAGGGCAUAUUACGAGCCAACACCAGCAGCACACCACCACAGUGAGCACCUAACAGAACAGGAGAGACAGAGCCUUUUCUUACCAGGACUAAUGUGUGUUUCUAACUGAAUGACACAAACAUAACAAUUUAUACUUGAUGCAGAUAGCACCAGCUAACCACUUUUGAGGAAAAACGUUUUGCACUUGAAUAGUUCUUGCCUCACGAGUUGGCUUUGGUUUUCACUUUUCUUAGAUGUGUACUAGUAAGUGCUGACUGUUUUCCUCACAUUUUUUUGCAUAUCUGAAGUUCCAGCUGUAAACUGUUAUAUGGACUCCUCUAAAACAACAGGAGACAAGACAAAUUGUUUGAUAUAGUGUGGACAGGUGAAUUAAGCUUUAAAUGAGGCAGUGCUAGGUUAUUGAAUCUUAAAGACCAGCUACUGUUCAAAAGAAAAAAGUGAACCUCUUACAGAUUAAUUGAGUAAUGGCAACACAUCACGUUUGCAAGGAGGUAUGCAUGAGUUAUGAAGGCAGGUACUUCUAAUUUGUGCUCAGUAGA